CGUAUCGGUCUGCAUUCACGCUCCCACUGUCUCCCCCCCUCCUUACGCCUCGCUCUCGGUAUGGCGGACGGCGAGAGGUCCCCGUUACUAUCAGAUCUGGGAGAUGGUGCUCUUGGCAGCGGUAACGGCGGGGUGUCUCCCGGCGCAGCGCCCUACGGUGUGCCCAACAAACCACAGAGCUUCCCUCCAUUCCCCAGCCCAACUCAGCCCUCAGUGCUCCUAGGGGAGGAUCCUCCUCCUUACUCACCGCUCACCUCCCCGGAAAGUGGCAGUGCCCCUGUUAUCAGCUGCAGGGUGUGUCAGAGCUUGAUCUCUGUGGAGGGCAAGAUCCACCAACAUGUGGUGAAAUGUGGGGUCUGCAAUGAAGCUACGCCCAUUAAGAAUGCCCCAGCAGGGAAGAAGUACGUUCGCUGCCCCUGCAACUGUCUGCUCAUCUGCAAAGUCACUUCCCAGAGGAUCGCCUGUCCCCGGCCAUACUGCAAGAGGAUAAUAAAUUUGGGUCCAGUCCAUCCUGGUCCAGCCAGUCCUGACCCCCAGCCAGCCGGGGCCCGGGUCUCCUGUGGACACUGCAGCAACACCUUCCUGUGGACAGAGUUCACAGACCGGACGCUGGCCAGGUGCCCACACUGCAGGAAAGUCUCCUCCAUUGGUCAGAGGUAUCCCCGGAGGCGGAGCUUGUGGUGUUUUCUACUCUGCUUGCUAUUUAGCAUUUCCACCGCCGGGCUGAUGGCUGGAACGUGGGUGAAGGCUCAGACCUACCAGGGGAUCUACGCCUCGUGGGCAGUGCUGCUGCUCCUGGUUCUCGUCACCCUGGCUCGGGCCUUCUACUGGGCCUGCAUGAGGGUCAGCCAGCCCCUCCAGAACUUCACAUAGAGUCCCUUUCAACUCUGCGGCACCCUUCUUCUCAACCCACCAGGCAGGAGGAAAGAUGGCUCAAAAAAAAGAAAAAAAAAAAACACACACAAAAACAACAGAAUAUUUAUUUAAACCCAACUCCAGAAAGAAAAGGUUCUCCUCCUCCUCCUGUUCCUUCCCUUUUAGUCAAACGUGUUUCUAAAACUGGAUGGCGGUGGCUGCGACUGCUAUAUAUCUAAAGAUAACUAUGAUGAUGCGUAUAGCCUAAUGUACUGUUAAUCUAUUCUAAUCUCAUGGCCAGUGUGGGGUUCAUUUUAACAUUUUUAACACUUUUUCUUCUUCUCUUUCCCCCUUUGUUGUUGUUUAUAAAUUUUGGCUUUAGUCUGUGGCACAUCUGUUGCACUCUCUGAACUUCUGAGACGAGGGCUUCAAGUUACGUCUUAGAUGUGAAUAUAGCCCUUGUUUUUUUUUUUUUUGGAGGGGACUGUCCCUUUUCAGUCCUAAUUUGACAUUAGUAUUCCAGCAUUUAACAUUUUUUAAACAGAGAAACAAAUUAUUUUGUGAAAGCGGCGAUGAAGUCAGAUGAAGCUAAAAAAAAAAAUCGAUGCCAGUAGAAGAUGACUGGAGUGACUGGAGGGACAUCAGCCUCCUUUUGUGAAUCGAAAGAUCAAGUAGGUGCUGAAAUGUGUCUGAAAAAUUGAAUUCAGCAGUAUGUGAAGGUAGGCUAUGAUGUGUCUGAACUCGGUGUUUAUGCUGAAUUAUCCCCUGGGACUGACUUUGAUCCAAAGCAGCUUGAAAGCCUUAAAAGGAGGUGUGAUAGAAGGAUUCAAAACACACACACACACACACACACACACACACACACACACACACACACACACACACACACACACACACACACACGCAGACAUCCACAACCACAUGAAUGGAUAGCUGUACACAACAAAAGCAGGAUGCUCUUUUAGAGUUGCAACAGCUCAGAAACCAGUUUGUCAAAGACAUCCCAGCCUCUCUCUUCAAAGAUGUCUGGUGAACACAUUUUCUCCAUACUGUUGGAAAAAAUGACAUGCAUGCCACUUUGUGUAAAAGUUGGAUAAUUUGUCCUGCUCCUAUAAGAGUGGUACCCAAUCUCCAGCUCCUUUUCUUUGAUCCAAACUAUAGCAACAAGGUUACUUUAAAACUUCAUUUUUAAAGUAUAUCUAAAUAAAAACUUCUAUCACAUAAAUUCAGUUGAUAUGAACGCCAACGUGUGGCAAAGCCCUUCCUCUGAAAUCCAAGAGACGGGUUUACUUUAUUACAUAUGUCUAGAAGGUUUGACCCGAGUUCAUUUUAUUCUGCUCGGCUUUCCGAAACAGACCAAAACAUGAAACGAAAACACUACGAGCUAUUGGCUUUUAGACAUCGAUAUCUGCCUUCUCAUACCCACAAAACCCCUGUGAGUAUAAGGAGUGUUUUAGAUUUGCUCUCUGGCAUUAAUUGUACGUUUUCAUCCUCGGGAGAAGGCUAAGAACAGAAUUUUCAGACCUGUCUGUAUGUGCUUGCUAGCAGAGGUUGAAUAUGUGAAAACACUAAGCUAAAAAAUACAGUACUUGAGGCAUUUGUAGCUUCUGAUACCAAUCCUAAAAUGUUGGGAUGUAUCUAAAUGCAUCAUCGCUCAAAUAAGAUCAUGUAAUUGGCCGGAAAAGACCAUAUUGCUCAACUCUGUCAGCCUUUUCAUUGCAUUUGGGACCAUUCAUGGUGAAAAUAUGACUUUUAAUGUCACUGAAGAUGGAGGCUGAUCCUGAGCUUUCUACUUUGUUAGUUGCAGAUGGUGCUUUCGCCUCAAGGCCAUUUGAAUAUUUGUGAAAGAGGAAAGCUCCACCCUCUCAACUCAAAGCUUGAUAUCAGUCAGAAUAGGUCAGUAACAAACACAAACACACACUACAUGUUACAUUCUCACUCAGUGUAAGUCCCAUAAUGACUUGUCUGUGCUUCUGAAUGUGGUGGCAUUUCUUAUGUUAUGAAUUAUGUAUUUUUGUUUGAUUGUAAAUAUAUUUGUUGUUGAUGUACAUUGGAAGUGACUAAGUGAAUUAUGUUGCACUCCGGGCUUAACACUACUGCUGUGAUCGCUGCGGAUGUUUUGUUUAUUUUUAAGAAGGUUAUUUUUGCAACUCUUCACCUGUUACAUAUUUAAUGAUUUGAUGAACUACUAACCUAAUAAGCCUCUGGACACCUGGUCGUGUCCAAAUCUUAACCACAAACACAAGCACAUCAACAUACACACACCAACAACAUUUACGACCGAAUCACAUUCCCAAGCAAUGACAUUUCUAUCUCUCUCACACACACAAACACACACCCAGCACCUUAAACAGUAGUGAGAAACACUGCAUACACCAAGUAAGAUGAGAUGAAGUUACCCUGCUAGACUGAACUGAGGUCGCGGACAGUUCAUAUGGAAGUGUCAUAUUAUUUAUUAUGCACGUUGCAAAAAAGGGCUACUUUAACAGUUAUGUCAUUUUAUUAAGUCCUUAAAUCUUAUUUGUUGUGGAAAAAGUCUGUUGUGGAGUGGGAUUAUUUCACUUUUUUCAAGACUGGUCCAAGGGCAUUUUUUUUUCUUAUUUGAAAUCAGUACAAUGAUCUGCCAGUUUCUGCAAGUGAUGUUUAGAGCAUAAUUUUUUUUUAGACUGUUGGAAACAACUAGAAAAGAUAAGAUUAUAGGACAGAAUUAAGGUGAUAUGACUUGUUUAAAAAAAAGACCUUUUUUGCAGUGGAGUGAUCAUGUUUUAUCCAUGACUGCAAAAGAAAUCAAUCAUGUUAAUGCCAAUGAUAAAGAACCUGGCUAAUGCUCUUUUCAGAGUUUGUUUACACACAAAUAAAGACAUGAUGAUGUAC